CGUUGUACACCACAUGUACCGCCAAAAACAAGCAUUUAAAUGAGAAAGGAGUGUUACUACUUACAAAAAUUUGAGAGAGAGGGGAGGGCAAAAUCACAGUCUGAGUUUUCUACUUCUAAACCAACCUCUCUACUUGAAGAACUUGCAGAGCUGUCUAGUUUGUUUGAGUGUGCCAAUGGGUUCGAAGUUAUAAAGCCUACGAUCAAAACAAAAUUUUGGUUUGAUCAAGUCCGCCAAAAAGCUUUCUCCUUUUCUGUUCUUUCUGGGGUUUUAAGAACCUGCAGAAACCGAAAGAAAAACAGAAGGGAUAGAAGCUAGCACAAAAUGGCUGACAAUACAUCAAACAGGUGGACUACAAGGUUGAUACUGAUUCUGGUUUUAGUCUCAAGCUCCAUUUCAGCUCAUCAAAACCGAACCCAGAUAGCAAGUUCAUCAAGCAAUGACAUAAACGAGGUUGAAGCUAAGUUUCUUGAGAAAGUAUUCAACUUGAUGAGACCCUCAUCGUCACCAAGCAGGUUGGGAUACCAUCACAUAUGGCCUAAAAUGAAAUUUGGAUGGAGGAUUGUGGUGGGAACCACAAUAGGAUUCCUUGGAGCGGCGUUUGGGACGGUGGGUGGAAUUGGUGGGGGAGGCAUAUUUGUGCCAAUGCUUAAAUUGAUUAUUGGAUUUGAUGGAAAAUCAGCUACAGCUAUCUCUAAAUGCAUGGUAACAGGAGGAGCAGGCGCAACAGUGGUAUACAAUCUAAAUCGAAGACAUCCAACAAUGGAGCUUCCUUUGAUAGACUAUGAUUUGGCUCUUCUCAUUCAGCCAAUGUUGGUGCUCGGAAUCAGUAUUGGAGUCAUUUUGAACGUCGUUUUGGCUGAUUGGAUGGUUACUCUUUUGUUAAUUGUCGUUUUCCUUGUCGUUUCAACUAAGGCUUUCUCAAGGGGCGUUGAGACCUGGAAAAAAGAGACCAUUCUUAAGGAGACUGCUGCUAGACAGGCUCCACCAUUGAUUGAUAGUAUUGAGAGGAAUGAAGAAGAGGCCGGAGGAUACGAGGCUCUGCCACCAGGUCCAAGCGACGGCAAUCGCAGAGAAGCCACAGAUCAACAACCAAAGAAAGAAAAGGUUUCUCUUAUAGAGAACGUUCGAUGGAAGGAACUAGGGCUUCUUUUCACUGUUUGGUUCAUCAUACUCGCCAUACAAAUUGCAAAAAGUUGCACAGUAACGUGUUCAGUAGCAUAUUGGGUAUUGAAUCUGCUACAGAUACCAGUGACAGUGGGAGUGACAUCAUACCAAGCAGUGAUGUUGUAUCAAGGGAGGAGACGGAUGGCAUCAAUGGAAGGACCACGGCCAAAAUGGAAAGUGAAUCAAUUAAUCGUGUAUUGUGCCAGUGGCCUAGCUGCUGGUAUUGUUGGUGGCUUGCUUGGCCUUGGUGGUGGCUUCAUCCUAGGUCCCCUUUUCCUUGAGCUGGGAAUCCCUCCUGAGGUGUCAAGUGCCACAUCGACUUUUGCCAUGGCAUUUUCUGCAUCAAUGUCGGUGGUGGAAUAUUACCUUCUGAAACGAUUUCCAAUUCCUUACACACUUUAUUUUGCGGGAGUAGCCGUUAUAGCCGCAGUUUCAGGACAAUAUUUGGUGAAGAAGCUGGUAGCCAUAAUAGGCAGAGCUUCUUUGAUCAUUUUCAUUUUAGCCUCCACGGUUUUUGUGAGUGCAAUAUUACUAGGUGGCGUGGGCAUAGCAGAAAUGGUGGAGCAGAUUGAAAAGAAAGAGUACAUGGGUUUUGAAAAUCUCUGCGCCUCCACCGGCUAAAAUUUAAAUAUAAUGACAAAACCAUCUAGAAAAUCAAACAACUUAACAUAAUUUAUCAGGUACUUCUAUCAGGAAAUAAAAUUGGCACCUUUUUUGGCCAACAAAAAGAAACUUGGUACCUUUGUUAUUUAUCUCUGCUUUUUUUUCCCCCAACUCAAGGUAUAUUUAGAUCAGGAGUAUUAAGAUGAAAGUCAUCUUAAUAAAUAUGCUUCCCGAAAUUUAAAUUUGUAUUCUUCUUAUAGAAAUAAGGCUACCGACAAUCUCAAUCAACAACUUGUUGAUUUUAUUAUGUAUUUUAAGGUAAUAUAAUGAUUAGUCCUUACGAUUUAUAUUAA